GUGCUUAUGUGCGAGGAGCACGAGCCUUCUCCGCACCUCUGGGCUGUUCAGCACCAUUUAUUUAUGUUUGUAGAGCCUUUGCGAAUGAAAUGUUUAAAUGAAAUGUGCGAAACUUUCGCGCCUACAUCGAAACAUGCGCAAUAACGUUGCCGAGAAUGCGGUGAGCGAUGAUGAUUUACACGUACAAGAGUCGAAUACCGGCAGUGGCAAGGGACACAAAGGAGGAGCAGAGGAUGAUGGCCCAGCUUGCCAGCCAUGCCGCAAGAAGAAAGCAAGAUGCUCGAGGAAGCAACCCUGUUCACAUUGUGUGAGAUUCAAUGUUGAUUGUGUGUAUGACGACCGAAAGAUGAAGCCGGGGUUACGGACAGGCGUAGUCGAGAAACUCAACCAAAGGGUCGCGACCCUGGAAAAUAUGUUUCUUGGGCAAGGGGUCCUGUGGCAGCAGGUCUGGAAUUGCCUGAAUUCCAUCCAGGCUCAAACACCCACAUCCUUGGACUCCGCCACAAAUGCCGGCGAGACACUGAAAGUAUACACAAGUCGACUUAAGUCUACCCUAUCGCAUCUUUCGGCCGACUUCGAUCCAUCUGAUGGUAGCAUAACCAGCCCAUUAAAGCGUCGACGCGCCUACAGCACAGGAGAAGAAGAGCAACAACAGAGGCCACAGCCAGCACCACAGUCAAUGUUAGAGGACAAGGAAUAUUGCCUCCCCCCAGAUGAUUUGAUCGACGCCUUGGUCGAUAUUUAUUUUCGUAGUAUACAUCCCUGGAUUCCGAUUCUUCAUGUGAAGCAAUUUCGUGAGCGAAUGGCCAAUCCCGCCCAGCGUCAAAAAUUAACUACGAUAUUCCACGCUAUUGUGUCUCUGUGCAUUCGAUUCUCCAAUGACCCGAGGGUCAGCAGCGCCGAAGUGAGAAUGAAAUAUUCCACGAAGAGCAGGCAGAUAGUAAUUCUGCAGAGUAUGGAAUCCUUCUCUGUUGAGAAUCUGCAGGCUCUCGUCAUUUGUGCUUUCGACACCAUUGGCAGCGGCCGUGGGCCCUCGGCCUGGUCUAUUGUUGGAAGUAUGACGAGGACCGUUGAGCAGCUACAACUAAGCGUAGAAGAAGAGGAUCAAUCUCAGUCUGCUGAAGAAUUUCUCAUCAAGCGUAUGGCUUUCCUCCCUCCGUGUAAUAGUUGGAUAGAGAGAGAGGAGCGUCGGCGCGUAUUCUGGAAUGUUUUCUUGAUGGAUCGAUUCUGCAGUAUAGCCACUGGGUGGAACUUCUCAUUAACAAGUGCCGAUGCCAAAAGGCGUCUUCCAUGCGAAGGAGCAUUGUGGGAGGAAGGCAGGCCUCUUAAAUCCCCGACGCCGUAUUUCGGAGUUGCAGAUAAAACCGCUGGUGGAGCUCUGCCAUCUUGGAGGCCCGAACUUGAAGACCAACGCCUAAUUGGCGGUUUUGCUUAUUGCAUCGAGGCGUCAGAGAGCCUGAGUCUUGUAACAACCUUUUUCUUGCGACAAGCUGUGAAUAUGUCCAAUGAUCAGGACGUACAGAUGUGGUUGAUGCGCUUCAAGGAGCUAGACUUAAGGCUCGUCCAAUGGAGGUUGUUUUUACCCGAAAAAUGGCGAGAAGCGUGUGCAUUAAAUGCCGAUGGUGUCCUCGAUCCGAACUUGACCUUGGCUCACAUAACUCACAACACAGCCGUUGGGCUCCUGCACCAGGGAAUCGCCUAUCCAUCGCCAGAGUGGCAAGCGAGGUCCAUUCGGCUCCCAUCCACCUCAAGCGCCGAAACAUGCCUAGCCGCUGCUAUGGAGGUCUCCAUUAUCGCGGAAAAAUAUCUGCAAGACUCCAUCUCCCUCACAAACCCCCAGUUCGCAUUCUGCCUCUUCAUCAGCGGGCGAAUGUUACUUGCGCACACUUUGCACUAUAAUAUUCCUCUACCGCAGGAGUUCGAUUCCUUGACGAACAGCCUCCGAGAGAUCUCGCGGCGCUGGAAUGGCCCGCAUGCCCAAGAUGGGUUAUAUGAGGUAUCUCAAAAUCUCGCCUCCAAGUUCGCCUCACGAUUAGUUCACGCUCGCGAUCGAGGCCCGCACGCCCUCGAUAUCCGACAAGCGGCAUACUCGGAGGAUAAUCUCCAGAAUUCUUCUGCGCAGCAAACAGCAUUUGUCUCACAACUCACACAGCCCCAACCAAGCCACACAAACCGUAAUGACACUCUGCCAAAUAAUUCCAUCUCCCACUUAGCCCUGCCGAUUGGCCAGCAACUAGUGAGCGGCGGCACCAUUAUCACCGACCAGGAAGGUUCACCAGACAGUAUCUCACUCGCCUUCCCGCCCCUCCCCCUGGCCUUCCAGCCCCAUUGCGCUAACCCCUCCCCGGGAAUGAGCAACAUACAGCAGCUCAGCGAGUUCUUUGAUUCCACAGAAAAACAAGGACAAGGUGGCAUGGAGGAUUAUGGACAGGAGGGGAUGGGGUAUGGAUUUGAGUAUCAGAAUCCGUUAACAUAUUCGUUUUUGCCGACGCAGAGGGUCAGUAUGUUUUCCGGGCAGAAUGGGAAGGAAGGAGAAAGGGAUGAAUAAGUAGAGAGCGGAACUACUGGGUUGAGAGGUUAGGCGGGAGGCGAUGUAGGGGAAUCGAAAAUCCACGGUAUCCCUAGGCACGGCGCAUUGAAAGUCAUAUUUUGGCGUGGCUAUUAUUCGACUGUAGGGACUUGUAAAGUUUUAUAGAAAUUUAGGCAUAGUAUGGAUCUCAAAAGGUAUCUAACAUUGCAUUCUAUAUGACCUCUGUCUCGCCAUCUACCAAAAAACCACAGAGUCAUCAC